CCGCUGUUUUAAAAUCGCGUGUUUACCGUUCGCUUCUGGCGAUUUGUAGUCAGGUUAAAGCGAAGAGACGGUACGUUCGCUUUUUCAUACUCAGCUAUCUUGUAAAAAGUUUAUUUUUGGUUCAAUCGCUCGUCUAGAUCAAAGUCAUUCUCGAACCAGCGAGACAAUUUGGAUAAUUGAAUCGCAAACUUAUAACGCUUUCGGCUGCCAAGUACAUAGUGUGUUAUACUCGUACGUGGUGCUGUUUACCAGACAAUUCGAGCUACAAGAAAAAAAAAAUUUCCGACUUAUAAAUUACCUAUAUUAUAUACCAACAGUGCGUCGUUAUAGUAAUUUUUCGCGUCGAUUAUGUCUUUUGACGAAGAAAAGAAUUUGAAUACUAAACGACGCGGCAGUGUGGGUGCCUUUGUUCCUAAAAAGAAUUACUGCAUAAGUACCGAACGAUGUGGCCAUGUAAAAGUUCACGUUCAGGGAGACCUCUCUCAGCAAGACAAAAGAGCCGUUUUUAUGACAGUACACGACCUUGGAUGCAACCACCACUCGUUCGAAAAUUUCGUAAAUUUGCCUUGCAUGCAAGAGAUCAAAGACAGAUCAGUAUUCAUUCACGUCGACGUACCGGGACAUGAGGAUAAUUCGGAAGCAUUACCAGAGAAUUAUCAAUUUCCUAGUUUGCAAGCACUGGGAGAAGAUUUGGUCACAGUAUUGGAUACUUUACAUGUUCGUUAUGUAAUUGGAUUUGGUGAAGGGGCUGGAGCUAAUGUCAUCGCUAGGUUCGGAUUAGCUCACCAAACGCGAACAAUCGGGUUAAUUUUAAUAAACUGCACAGCGUCGGCGAUAUCAGUGAAAGAAAAUUUUAAGGCUAAAUUUAUGAACUGGAAAAGACAGUCGUCGCUCAGCCAAUCUGCUAUGGACUAUUUAGUUUUCCACAAAUUCGGACAUCAAAUGGUAAAUGAUACGAGCUCAGAUAAAGAUCAAGUAAUUGCUGAUUUUGUUAAUCGUCUUCAGAGUAAUUUAAAUUCCGGAAAUUUAAGGCAUUAUGUGAAUGCAUUUUUAACUCGUAAAGAUCUCCAGCUAAAAGAUUACAAACAUGAUAUUUUAUUGAUAACCGGAGUAUUGGGAUCUUAUGCGAACGUAGUGGAAAAAUUACACCGAGACUUGGAUAAAAAUAAGGCCACAUUAUUGAAAAUUGAAAGAGCUGGAGAUGUUCUAUCUGAAGCGCCUGCUAAAAUGGCCCAGAGUAUUCUAUUAUUCUGCAAAGGACAAGGUUUACUCACAUCGGUAACCUUACCCGGUAUAGAAAGGCAAAGGACUUUCUCAGCCAGUUCCACAGAUAGCGACAAGCCACGAAGAUUAUCACGAGGGAUGAGCAUGGAAGACUACGAUAAACCAAAUAUUAGACGGUUGUCGCUUUCAUUCCACGAACCAAUCCCUCAAUCGGUGGAAAAAUGAGUUUUACUUCGACGUAAAAAAAUUGUUGUAUAAUUUUUUGACUACACAUUGCAUAAUGUAGUGUUUUUUUUUCCUUCUCUAAUUAAAACCAAACCAAAUUAAUGAACCUAUAUAUAAAUCAAAAUUAUCUCUACCUAUACCUAUUUAUAAACGUACUUUAUAUUUUACGAACGAGGUUCAUUAAAAGCAAUAUUCUUUUGCUGAGAGGUAUAUUUCGUAUGCGUGAAAAAAGAUAGGUACUUGCCUAUACUUACAAGUAGAUUAUAUCGAUCGUUGUUUCAAUCUAUUCUUGAAAAUAAUUAAUGAAUGUUUCAUUGUAUUUGUAUCAUCUUCAUCGUUGCUUUAGUAUAUCUACUUAUACUCAAUGCCUGAAAAAAAUAAUUACGAGGAAGGAAAAUGAGUGUGUAGAUUCAGUUUUACAAUAUCUUAGCAUUUUAAAAUUUGAUCAAGCUCUCUGUAAAUUAUUCAUUGAAAAUAGGUACAUUAAAUAUAUAAUCCUGCUUAGCUGGUUGAACGUAGAAAAACAUUGUCAAUAUAUUUGUCUUACAUAAAAAUAGGAAGAAAUCAGUAAAAGCAAAAUACAUAUUUAUUGUAAGGCUGUGUAGAAAAGAGCUAAGAUUUUUUUUUAAUCCUCAUACUUUGUUUGAUAAUAAUUUUAUACAAAAUUUGAUAUACUUGUACACGCUUGUUGAAUCAAACGUUUUUACAAAAUUUUAAGAAGGCUCUAUUUACAAAUCACCGAAUUACGAGCCAUUUGAAAGUUAUAUGGUAUUUCCUAAAUUAGGAAACAAUGUAAUGCGAUAACGUAAAACUUUUAUUCAUGUUUUUUUUUUUAAUGUAAAAAGUUUUUAGAACUUUACAAAAAUAGUUGAAUAGGCGUGGCUAUUAUUGUCAAUUUUUCUACGUAGUGAAAAAGGUUACCAGAGUUAGUUGAAUAGCUUUACUUAUAUUUUAGUUUGUUUAUAGAAACAUGAAAAACCAUAGUAAUUCCUAUCUAAAAAAUGUUGUAUGCAAUUACAACAGCUUUGAAGUUAAUGUGCAUUGUACAUGUGCAAAUUUGUUAUUAUGCUGUACCUAUACUUUAUCUGUGUUGGAAUUAAUUCACUAUUGGUGACAUUUAUUUCACUUCGCUUUCUAUUCGAUAUGUUGUUUAGUGUGAUUGAGUUGCUAAAAUGUUAAUUCCUAUAAAAGAUUUUCUUUCGUAAUGGAAUAGGAAACCUGUAAACUGUAUACAUGGCAUAGUUUUUAAUACUGGAAUUUUAGAGUAAAAAAAUUGUGCCUUGUUGCUUUAUAUCGAAAAAAAAAAAUUAGAAGCGUUAGUGUGUGAUGAACCAAACGAUGCAAUUACAUAAUUUCACGUAUGAUUUAUUCGAUGAAAAAUAACGCAACUAUGAUUCGAAAUCUCGCUCUUUGAUACCAGCGCUAAGAGGACUUUGAGGAAAAGAAGUGCCUUAAAAUAUUUUUGCAUUGAACGUUAUUGGUGAAGAAAAAACAUUUAUUGUUUUUUCUUUGUGAUUUUGUUGCAUAAUUUUAAUUUUAAACAAAACAGAAUGCGUAACUAGAGGGAAUCGAAUGUAACGGUCUCAUUGUGAUUGUGCGAUGACUUUUCAUUUUUUUUAAAUUAUUACAAAAUAUAAGAGUAUACGAAAAUGGAAAGGAAAGUACGUUUUUAAAAAUAUUUUUGUAAUAUUGUUGUAAAGUCUAUACAUAUUGUUUCUUAUUUGUUUCUGUACGGAAUAAGAGUUUUGAAAGGGAAGAGAUUGAAUGUGUUUUGAGGUCUCUAUGUGAUUUUGUUAUAAAUCUUUCAUUUUAUAUACAACAUAGAUCGUACAUUCCUAAUAUACAUAUUACUUGCACACAUAAACGCUAAUACAGUACAGCUACUUUAUCUGACAAAUAUUUAAGAAUUCACAUUUGUUACGAUUUCCAGGAUAUCGUGAAUGUGCUAUAAUAACACGCUGGCUCUAUGUAAAAUAAAAAAAUAUAUUAUAAAUGUACGUAUGUGUAGUAAAAUAUACAGUGUUUUUGUAUUUCCUAUGUAGUUUUGAAAUGCUUUUUAUAUGAAUAAGAUAUUCAGUAUUGAUUAAAUGUAAAACAUUUAUAAUAAAAAUGUUGGCUAUAUUUUGUAAAUGUAUGUUAGCGUUAAUUUAUUUAAUUUUUUUUAAAAAUUAUCAUUAGAAUGUAAUACAACCUGUGCUUUUUUCCUGUUAGCAGUUUUUGUUAUUGUUAAUGGUUUUAAAUAAAAGUUAUCUAUAUUUUCAGUCCUCUUUUAUGUACCAUUUUAAUGCUUCCUGAAGAGGCUAUUAUUCGAUUUCCAAUACUCGUAGUUAAGGCGUAUCUCUGUAUAAAAUAUAUAUUUAUUUAAUAUUAUUUUUAACAAGUAUUCAUUCGAUAGAUUAUUUUUAAAUUGCUUAAAUUCGAGUAAGAUUUUUUUAUUUAUUUGGUUACUUGGAAAAUUGUUGUUAAGAGACUAAGUUUGGAGAAAUGAGGCAUUAUUAGAAUCAAAUAAAGCUUUUUGUCGUUUCACUUA